AUGAGUGAUGCACAACAAUAUAAGGAGGAGGUCCCCGAAAAGAGACUGCUUACAGAGAAUGAUAUGAAAUUAUGGGAAAAUAGUACUACAAGGGAAGAAUUAAUGAAAUUCAUCGUGACUUUGGCAGAAGCUGUAGAAGGUCAUGAGAAUUCACAGAUUGAAGAACCGGUGUCUCAACCGAUACAAAAUACACAGACAAUAUUAUUACAUUCGAUUGAAAAAUUUAUUGAGAAACACCCCGUAGCUGAUAGUGAUAAUACAAAAUCAAGAUUUGGUAAGAUAGAAUUUAGAGAUUUUUAUGAUGAUUUACAAAAAAAUGCAGUUGAUUUGAUCAGACAAACAUACCCUGAUUUGUCCACCGAUCAGAUAAAUCAAUUGUCAACAUAUUUGAUAGAAUCUUGGGGGAAUAAGAGCAGAAUCGAUUAUGGAUCAGGUCAUGAAUUGAAUUUUUUAUGUUUCUUGUUUGGUUUGACCAAAUACAAAAUAUUUUCAUUGGAGAAAGAUAGCGUAAACAUUGUUUUGAUUGUGUUCAUCAAAUAUUUAACCAUUAUGAGAACUUUGGAAUCGCAGUAUUGGUUGGAACCUGCGGGGUCUCAUGGUGUAUGGGGGUUAGAUGACUAUCAUUUCUUGCCGUUUUUAUUUGGGGCUUUCCAACUAGCUAAACAUAAACAUCUGAGACCAUUAUCAAUCCAUAAUGAAGAAGUAGUAGAGAUGUUUAAGGAUAAAUACUUGUAUUUCGGAUGUAUUUCCUUCAUUAACUCGAUUAAGACGUCGGCUUCUUUGAGGUGGCAUUCUCCAAUGUUAGAUGAUAUCAGUGGCGUGAAAAAAUGGUCAAAAGUCGCAGAAGGGAUGGUUAAGAUGUACGAAGCCGAAGUGUUGAAUAAGUUGCCAAUCAUGCAACAUUUCUAUUUCAGCAACUUCUUGCAAUGUCCAGAUGGAAUAUCCCCUCCUCAUGAUGCCUCAUCGGGAAACAUUCAUGAUGAAGAAAUGGAAGAAGAGUUAAGUCAUGCUCAUAGUACUUAUGGUGACUGUUGUGGUAUUAAAGUACCUAGUGCAUUCGCUGCUGCUGCUGCUGCAGAAGGAAAUAAAAAAUCACAUAGGCGUAUACCGUUUGAUUAA